UCUCGGGAAGUCCUCUGAGACUGCAAAGUGAGCGCAGGACUGACAGCUGAGGGUUUUUCCUGUGUUUGAGUGCACUGGGAUAGAGCUGUGGACAUUCAUGACAAGGGCUGCAAGAAGAGGACACAACUGCUGGCUGUGCCUGACCCUCCGCACCUGUGAAACCUGGCAACGUGGUUUUCCCGAGCCCUGUACCCACAAGCAGACCUCUUCUCUGGAUCGCGGUGGUGGCUAUUCCUUCUGCACAAGCUCCGCCUCUUCAGCAUCAAGCAUUGAAUUUACACAGACACAAAGGAAAGUGUGGAAGACUAACAACUCAUGCAGUCCUUAAGAUGGGAAUGCAAGAAGAACAAAGCAGCACAACGGUAAAAUAUCAAGAGAAUAUGGCUCACCUGGGUGAACGUAAAUGGACUCACAUGUUCCCUUUUCUGGUGGUUUCCCUGGUGUACUCGGUGAGUGCUGAAUACUCCAACUGCGGUGAGAAUGAAUACUACAACCAGACCACUGGCAUGUGCCACGACUGUCCCAAGUGCGAGCCGGGCGAGGAGCCUUAUAUGACAUGCGGAUAUGGCACCAAAGAUGAGGACUAUGGCUGCAUUCCUUGCCCUUCCGAAAAGUUUUCCAGAGGGGGGUACCAGAUAUGCAGACGGCACAAAGACUGCGAGGGAUUUUUUCGAGCCACCGUCAUGACACCUGGCAAUCAGGAGAAUGAUGCAGAGUGUGGGCCUUGUCUCCCUGGUUACUACAUGCUGGAAAACAGACCUCGAAACAUCUACGGCAUGGUUUGCUACUCGUGCUUGCUGGCGCCUCCUAACACCAAGGAAUGUGCGGGGGCUACCUCUGGCAUUUCAGCCAUUUUCCCAAGUACCUCUGGCACAAGUACUUUCUCACCUUACCAGCACGCUCACAAAGCAGAUCUUUCAGGGCAAGGACAUCUGGCUACAGCUCUUAUAAUUGCAAUGUCUACCAUAUUCAUAAUGGCUAUUGCCAUUGUCCUCAUCAUCAUGUUUUACAUUGUGAAAACAAAACCUUCUGCUCAAGCCUGUUGCAAGAGCCACUCCGUAAAAAAUGUUGAAGCUCAGGCCAACACACAAGAAGAGAAGAAAGAAGUGCAAGAUAAUGUUGUGAUAUUCUCUGAGAAAGAAGAGUUUGAAAAGCUUACAGCAGCUCCAGCUAAAACUGCUAAAAGUGAAAAUGAUGCAUCUUCUGAGAAUGAACGACUUUUAAGUCGUAGUAUGGAUAGUGAUGAAGAAGCUGCGGUCGACAAGCAAGGGACUCCAGAGAGAUGCUUAUUAUCUUUAGUGCAUUUGGCCAGAGAUAAAUCUUCUACAAACAACAAAGCAACUGGGAUUCAAAGUCGAAGAAAAAAAAUACUUGAUGUGUAUGCUAAUGUAUGCGACGUUGCGGAAGGUCUGAGCCCCACGGAGCUGCCAUUCGACUGCCUAGAGAAGACCAGUCGAAUGCUCAGCUCGACAUACAACACAGAAAAAGCAAUCGUGAAAACAUGGCGCCACCUCGCUGAGAGCUUUGGACUGAAGCGAGACGAAAUUGGUGGCAUGACGGACGGCAUGCAGCUCUUCGAUCGCAUCAGCACAGCGGGCUACAGCAUCCCUGAACUGCUAACCAAACUGGUGCAGAUCGAGCGGUUGGACGCCGUCGAAUCUUUGUGUGCAGAUAUUCUGGAGUGGGCACAAGCAAUGCCUGCUCCUGAACCGGCGGCUACAUCCUGACAUACCUGUCUGGGAUCUUCAUUGCCUCCCCAUCUGCAAGAACAGUGAUUCCAAAAAGCACCAUGUCAAAGACUUUGGACAAAGACUAGUUUCUUCUGUGUAGCCAUUUCCCCCUGUCCAACAGGAGGCUAUUCCCUUUUACUUCUACGAAAGUGAAGUUACGCCUAUACCAAAACAAGAGCAGAAAUCUCCCACGAAGCUUGGUAUGAACAUACAAUUAAACAAAAUAGUUUUGUUAAACAGUUACUGAUAAUAAGUGGACACAAACAUCCAUUUUGUGGUCUGUGUGUGAGCGUAUGUGCAGCUAGCCCUGCUGAUAUCCUUCCUGCCUGGCUUUCAAGAAAGUUUUGCUCAAUAGUGUAAUAGUUACAGUUGAAAACAGUACUACAGCUACAGUACCAUUUAAUACACAUUAGGCAUGUACAUUUCUAGCAGUUCUAACACAGUUAAUAUGUAACUAGUUUAAUUAUCUGUAUUUACUAUGGAUUUGCUGAAUCUAGAAGUAUGUGCAUAGGUAUAUAAGCUUCAACAUAAUUCACAAAUUGAAGUGCUUCAAAUCACUGUAUAUAAUGCAUGUACAUGCACUCUUGGUCCAUACAGACAUGUCAGAAAUUAUAAAUUCAAACUGCUAACUUACUGAGGACAUGCUGGUUAUGAAGGGGGCAACAAAAGUUGACAGUGACUACUUGUAAGUUGAGAGCAACAUAUUUUUCCCUUCUUCGCCUUUACAAAAAAGAAGCAACAAAAGAACUUGUCCACCACAAUGAAAAACAUAUUUUCCAAUAGUGACGUCUAUGCAUCAAAUUAUUUUUCAAGCAGAGGAAUUCCAGACAAUGGUGGUGUGCUCUCUACACUGACAACAAAAAAAGUAGGUUUCUUUAGCAACACUUGAAAUAUACAGGAAAAAGGGUUUUUGAAAUGCUCUUCUCUUGUAAAUGUAGAACAUGAGCAUAGACUCCACAGCAAGGUGAAAAAUACUUCUUCUAGAAGCUAAAGCCUUGUUGUAAGUUUGUGCAUGACAAAAAUAUACCUUAUUUUUUCCUAUUAACUAAUCUUUAAUUUUCCAGGUUAAAAGUUCUUGAAAAAAUGUACAGACCACAAAUCAGUAGCUGUUACCAAACCUAUUCACUCAAUUUAUAACUAAAAUGAGCAAUGACAGAUUUCAAUAAGUGCAACCACCAAAUUAAACUAAAUUACAAAGCAAUACUGUAAGUUCCAAAUUGCAUGACUGAACAAAAUGUUAUAAAAAUAUCAAUUCUAACCCUGAAGUUAACAACUAGUAUUCCAUUACUUAGAAACUAGACCUUACCUAUGAUAGUAUCAUAAUUACGUGCUGAACAUUUAAUACCACCAUUUAAUGCUUAUAUUUACUGAACUUUCAGCAAUUGUUUUGUAUACCAGAGGAAGUACCUACUGCAUCACAAAACUUAUCCUUCUCAUUUUUCUUUUUCCACUGUUUCUUCAGUAUUAUAACACAUUCUUCAUCCAUGUGCAUAUGCCAAAUUUGAUUAUAAUUUUGCCUUUUCUUUAAAGGAAGCAGCAAGCUGCAUUUAUUUGAAGACUGAACUAGCUAAUUGAUAUUUAAAAUAGGAAUGAAAUUCUUUCUAUCUUGAAGUCAAUGACAAACUUGCAUGGACUUCAAGAGGCUUCAGUAAGAUUUCUAGAUUUGCUGACAAUUCAACAAUCUUCAACAAGAUUUCCAAGACCAUAAAGUCGCAGUUUUAGUCCAUUGCUAAGAAAAUAUAAAAAAGGGGGGAAAAAGAAAAUGAGAAGAUGCUAUUUUCUAUGUGCUAGUGUGUAACUACAGUGUUACUCCUACAUUUCAUGUAAUAGUACAUACAAUUUAUUGCUUUAAAAGAAGACAUGAGAAUCCUCUUUUUUUAUGUUUAUUGGGCCUUGAAAAGUUAGGGUCUUCAAAUCAAUGGUGCCAAUGUGAACAUAGACUAUUUAACGUUAUUUUAUUUAGUAUACAGUAUUUUUAUUAUUACACAAAAGAUGUACAGGAGUGAAAAAAUUUCUGUAGAUCUUGCCAAAGGGUUACUUUCUAAGGAUUUUUUUAAUGCUGUAUAUAUAACUUAUUAUAUUGUAAAAUAUGAACAUAAAAUAUCCUAAUAAAAGAAAGAGGUCAGAGUCA